AUGGGCCACGAGAUGGACUGCCCAAUCUGCAACAGUAGCCCCAGGCAGACCUUGGAGGCGCUGGAGGCGCACGCCAACGACCAUUUCCCUGAUUCCUCCGCUGGGGCUACUUCGGCUUGCCAACACUGUGGGCAGGCGGUGCCAGAGUGCGACCUCGAUAGCCAUGCCCUGGCGCACCAACUGGAGCAGGAGCUUGCUGGCGAUACGGCAGUCGAGGAUGCGGCAGCGGAGCUUGCUUGGGGUGGCGGCAGCGAGGAUAACCACAUCCACAUUCUUCAGCUGGAGGAACUUUACUUGGACGAGCUUGAGGGGCAUUGGGCUGUCGACUGCCCUCAAAACCCCGACAAGCAGGAGGCCGAGCGCCGCGUGCUGGAUCCCCCGCUGCCGCAGCGCAUCACCGCCACCCAGCAGCGCGCCACGCCCACAGACAUGUCGGGGGGAGGCGGCCUGGUGCAGCUGCUGGCAGCGUGCCUGGAGCAGCAGCAGAAGUGGGUUGGCACCACUGAGUGCGCCUCGCUGCUGCGCAGCUUUGGCCUGCGGGCGCAAAUUGUGGACUUUGGGGCCCGGACUGGCGAGCUGGUGGCGGCAGGCAGCUCGUCGGCAGCGAUGAUGACUCGCGGGGCGGUGCCAGCGCACCCCAAUGUAGAGUGCGACGGCUGUGGGCAGCGCCCCAUCCUGGGUGACAGAUACAAGAGCGAAACGCUGCCAGACUACGAUCUGUGCGCCGCCUGUUACGCCAAGAGCAGCUCAGUGGCAGCAGGGCCCUAUCGCCGCAUGAUGCCCAGUGCGGUGCGGAUGCCCAGCCAGCAGCAGGAGGAGGGGAGCGCUAGCGGGGGCAGCAUGCAGGACCAGCUUCUCCAGUGGGUGUGGCGCUACUUCAUGGCUGGCGACGACGGGGCACAACCUAGCAGCAGCGACACAGCAGCCCAUAGCUUGCAGCCGGCACUCGCAGAACGAGGGCCGGCUACUGCCUCGGUCAAUGCCAAGCGCCAGCGAGUGUCACCUCCACCGCGAGUGCGCCUGUCGGGGAAGCCGCCUCUCUACUUUCAGCACGACGGCCACAGCCGUACAAUUGUGGGCUGCGAGCGACGCCUGGUGGGGCAGCAGCGCCGAGCAGUGUACACCCUGCUCAUCCUGGACCCAGGCACGCCUGGCGGCAAGCUGGCGGCGGCGCUGGCGCAGCGCUGCGGAUGGCAGCGUAUGCUCAAGCGAGGGGCCCACACGCUGCGGCACCAGCAGUACCAGCUGCUGUUUGUGCAGCCAGGCCUGGCCGCUGCGGCGGAGAAGGAGGCGCUGAAGCUGGUGGCGGCCGUCGAGCGCUACUGA